AUGGUGACAUUACAAGGGGUGAAGGUCUCAAUCUUAUUAUUGUUGAAUAUCAAUUAUGUUACAGAAAACAACACCACUGAAAUUGGAACACAACCGCAACAAUUACAUCAACAGCAACAGCAACAUCAACAACAAUAUGGAGAAGUAAAUCAAUUAGGCGGUGUAUUCGUUAAUGGAAGACCACUGCCCAAUGCUGUCAGAUUAAGAAUAGUCGAGCUUGCACAAUUGGGUAUCAGACCAUGCGAUAUCUCGCGACAAUUACGUGUCAGUCACGGAUGUGUUAGUAAGAUACUAGCACGCUAUCAUGAAACGGGUAGUAUUCUGCCGGGCGCGAUUGGUGGCAGCAAACCACGUGUGACAACACCAAAAGUCGUGCAAUACAUUAAGCAAUUGAAAUUAAAAGAUCCAGGAAUCUUUGCCUGGGAGAUCAGAGAUCGAUUAUUAUCUGAUGGCGUUUGCGACAAAUAUAACGUCCCAUCAGUAUCCAGUAUAUCAAGGAUAUUAAGAAAUAAAGUUGGCACAACGACAACUAUGCAUCAUCAUCCACAUCAUUCAGCUCAUCAUCAUCAUCAUCAUCAUCACCAUCUCUAUGCAGCCGCCGCAGCGGCUGGUGCAGCCCUCUGUCCAGUACCGUAUACACCGACACCUUAUCAUCCAACAGCGCCGCCUUCCAUCACACAUCAUCAUCAUCAAGUUGGGACAUCGUCGGCGGGUAAAAUGCCACCAUCGUCGCCUCCAGCUGUUCAUGAUAGUGGUGGACAUCAAACAGCGACCAACAACGCUUUGCAGUGGCCAAGUCCUCACACUGUACAUGACAUUCUAGCUAAUAGUUGUAAUGUACAGAACUCGUCAUCAUCUUCUUCACCAACUUCGUCAUUAUGCUCCACAAUUAAUAACAAUCAUCACCAUCAUAACCGUCAUGAAGACAAUUCUGUUAAUAAUAAUAAUAACAACAGUAAUAAUGAAAAUAAUAAUGACCAUAGAGUAUCGAGCGGUUAUCUUCAUCAUCAUCACCCUCAUCUAACGCAUCAUCAACAGUAUUAUGCAUCAGCGUUGUAUCAUCAUCAUCAUCAUCAUCAUCAUACAGAUGCUGUGACUGCAGCUACCAUAUCAUCUACGCUCUCUGUACAGUCCAUUAUGUUGCAGUCAGGAACAGCAAGUCAACCAGCUAGCCCUUGCAAUUAGAUAAUAUAAUAUUAUUUUAUGAAUUAUAAAUAAUAGAUAAUCAAAUAAUCAAUGUUUUUGUUGUGUAUGAGAAUGAAAUUUUUUUAAUAUAUUUUUAUUAUAUGCAUUGUAGUAGAGAGUAUUAGAAUGAGGCUUUUGCAUUAAAAUGUAGUUUAAGUAAAAAUGAUAAAUUAUACAUAUGUCAUUAUCAUCGUUAUUUUACAAGAAUAAAUUAUUUAAAAAAUUAUAGUUAACUAGAUUUUUUAUUGUUCAUCUAUAAAUAGAUUUUAUGAUUGAACAGCUAAUAUAAUAACUGAAAUAUAAACAUAAUUUUGCAUUCACUCUUUCAACAAAAUAAUUGAUCAGCAAAAGUAAUACAAAUUAGUACUUAUAAUUACGAAAGUAGUUUAAUAAAUAGACAAAUAUAAUUAAUAUAGUAAUUUAUUUUAAAAAAGUUACACUUUUUCAACAUAAUUCCCUUGUACACAAAUGCACUUAUUCCAUCUCGGAAAAAAAUUUUUAUAUAUAAUUAUAUGUAUAAUCAUGGAUAAUUUUUAAAUACAUAAUUAUACACGAGGGCAAAUCAAUAAGUACCCUUGUUUAAAGGCAGGCGGUGUUGCUGAUACAAACUGGUGUUACCAUCGUGUACUACCAUCUUUCAAACUUUAUACAAAAUUUUAGAGUGAUUCAUGUAAAAGUUUUGAUUUGACAGCAAUUAUGUAAAUGCAAUAAUUUCAACGUUUCGCUGUUAUGUCACUGCAAAGUUGUGGAAAUCUUUUUGUGCUAUCAGAAUAGUUUACAAAAAAUAAGGUAUUAUCACUUUAGAACCUACUCUCUAAACGUGAAUUAGUAAAAUCUUACUGAUUUGAAUGCUGUACUUAUAAUUGUGAUUAUCAAUCACUAUUUAUUGUUUCUCAGUGACUUCGAUCAAGAAGGGGUUGCUCACAUUGACCAAAAGUAUUGUCAAUGAAAGACAAUGCAUAUAUCACUAAUUGAUAUGUUUCUAAACAUACUGAAAUUAUAUUAUUCACUAUCUUUUAGUGAAUAAUACACUAAUUCCGAUUUAAAAAGUGUAUUUCUUAUAUUUAAGUUAUUAAUGACCUUCUCCACUUAAACACUUAAGAGGAUGCUAAAGUAACGAAACUUCCUCGAUAUCGGUACUGCAGAUUAUAUUUCACACUCAAACAGUUACAGACUUUUAUUUCUUGCGGAGCACUUGAUUUUAAAUAACAAAUUUAGGCGGAAUGUGCACUAACACAUUUGAAAAAAAAGAGAUCAAAGCCUUAAGGGCGAAAUUCGGCGACCGCGCUAUGCGACUUCGCACCUUCUCUCGAGAAUCGCACCACGAAGUCUCGAAAAUCAGAAUUAUGCAAUAUACUCGCCGGAGCACUUGUGUACUCCGGAUGGCACUGUUACAGAAACUAUCACUUGCAAUCGGUCACGAUUAUGGCGAUUCAAUCGGAGCAAGAAUGAUUACUCUGAAAACCGGCCGGUGGAAAUGUCGGCUUUUCUAGAAUCGCAGUGUGCCUUGUAUCGAGAUGAUCAUGAACACAGCACGUGCGAGCAAGAAACGGAGAUCUUGAGCAAUUGAGUGCAGCUUCAUACCGAUCAGAAAUCUUCGGUUUAGCUUAAUGGUCUUGUUAAUCCUCACGAUGGAGAUCUUCAACGCGAAACGGCGGAAAUAUUGACCGCGUGGCUGCUCUCGCGCGCGAGCACUUGACUGCGUGCUUCUAUGGCGCAGUUUGCUUGGUUCCGGAAUUUUGGAGCAUAAUCUCUCACGUUCGGCACUUCGGCGCGCAUUCAAUUAUAACGCACGAUGUUGUCACACGUGCGCCUCAUCACCGAGGCUGUACGCCGCCGAUCACCUUACAAGAUGGAAAGAUGGCACCACACGACCGUCUUCGUGAACAAUGAAAACAACAAUGAAAAUUGCGCCGGUUUCGGCUAUUGUUACGUUCAACAUCGCAAACCGAACGUUACAAUUGGGCGUGACGUCACCCUUUCAUAAAUUACGGAGUGAUUUAUUGGCUGGCGAUCGGCUGUGCAAACGGGUAACGAGCUGCGCGAUCUACUGAUAGCGCCACGUGAUAACGACGAUGAUAAAUGCUGCCGCUUGGCGGAGCAGUCCGGUGCUCCGGCAGCGGAGACAGAGAUCGCGAGGAGCAUCGCUUCUUGUCGAAUCCUGAACAGACAUACUUGCACUUUAAUAUUAUCCUUAAAUUUUUAAAUACUUUUCAUAAUACACAUAAAGUACUGUUUAAAACAGGAGCGCUUCGAUGCUGCGUCGGGAAAAAGCAUGCUCAGCAAUCUGUUAACGCCUAAGGAGGCGCUUCGGUUGCCUCGACGAGAGUGGGGGUAAUUCUCGGUUAGCGACUCAUACCGUCACAAAAAUCUCUCUCUCUCUCUCUCUCUCUCUCUCGAUGGCUUUCAUGGCUGGCGGAUCGCAUCUGAACUUCUCUCUACUGUGAAAUUCCCGAUUGUGCAUGCAAGUUUCAUUUAAAAAGAAUUAGAGAUCCUCAAAUGACUCUAUAGAAGGUGGCAAAUUUCAACUAUCUACGAAAACCUCCCGCAGUAAGAUAAAGAAAGAAUUGUUUUAAUUCUUUCACCAGGUCAGUAGUUCGUUUGCGAACCACGAGAGUCCGACCUGUCGCCAUCUUUCUCAUUCGUCUAAAGAACCAUACGGUUUUACAGACAAAUUACUGCAAAUACGAACGUUUGUUAGAAGAUCUUACGGUCUUACUAAUAUUCACUUUUUGAAGAGUUUGUCUGAGGAUCUGCAAGAUCCGUCAGACAUAACUAUCAAUCUCUCAAAGCGUUCUAGUCGUUUAGAUAAUUUCUUGCCACGUGUUUAAUCUUGAGAAGUGACGAUAUCUUGAAUCGUUCAAGCGUGGUUUUACUCUUUCACUUCGUUCUCUAUCUCUGUCUCUCUCUUUCUCUUUUUUAAUUGCAUUUUGAACGAUUCUCGAAUCGAAAUAAUUCUUGAAACUAUUAUCCUUUCACUUGUUCUCGUUAUCGUUCUCUCUAUUCAGGGAAAACUUCUAACGUUCAUUCUCAUUCUUCUUAUAAAAGACUUUGUAAAUUUUUCUUUUUGAGCAAUUAUUAUUUUUAUUUCUUUUUUGUUUAUUAGAAACUUAUUUAGAUCCAAAUAGUUACUUUAUUUUUAGAGUUAAUAUUUAAUAUUUAAAUAAAUUUUUUAUAAAGUUUUACUUUGUUUCAUUUUUUCUCCUACGCGGCCUUUCCGCUUCAUAGUUGUCUCAUCUCAUUCUGCUUAUCUCUAACAUUUUGUCCUUCGAGCCGGAUUCGGCACGCACUCCUAAAGAUGAGACUCAGCCACAUAGAAGCUCGUUUAGAGCAACAACUUAAUUUAAAGGACGUUAUUUCAAAUUCAGUUGAAAAUCUCGUAAAAAUCGGUCCAUCAAAUGUAACGCCUCAACGCAUACGAGCUCGUCUGAUCGCGCUUCAUGAGACUUGGGAGAAAUUUUCCGUCAUGAACGAUGCUAUUAAUAUAGCAAUUACGAAAUUAAACACAGACGAUAGAUUGCAACUUCGACAAGAUCCGUAUUUUUCUGAAAGCAUUUACUUAACAACUUAUGAAUUGUAUCUCGAAGCAGUAGAGAAAAUGAAUUCAAUGAUCGAGCAUGAUUCUGAAAGCCUCACUGAGCUACCUUUACUUCCGGCUGCUUCUCAAAAUUCAAGUAUUCCAGUUUUCUUUCAACAUGCUCGCUUUCCACGCAUCGAUAUCCCAAAGUUCAACAGUUCACCUUCCGAUUAGCUCUCUUUCAAAGACUUAUUCAAUUCUCUUAUUUUAACCAAUCUUAUACUAAGCUCAGUCGAGAAACUGCAAUAUCUCAAAACAAGUUUAGUUGGAUCUGCCUCUCACUUAUUAAAAAACAUUGUGCUCACCGCUGAUAAUUUCCAAAAGACGCACUAGUUUCUUUCUACGAGAACAAGCGCCUUUUUGUACAUUCUGCUUUACAUUCUCUAUUUACACUCAAACGUAUGACAAAGGAAUCGGCUAUUGAGAUAAAGCAGCUAUACACUAAUAUUACGCAGAUUUAUCGCACUCUCAAAACACUAAAGAGACCUGUUCAUACGUGGGACGAUGUUUUCGUUUUCAUUGCAGUGCAACGACUUGACUCUGAAUCUGUCAAGGCUUGGGAGCACCAUUUAGGUUCGUCAAAAGUUCCGCCUACCUGGACUCAAUUCAAUGAAUUUCUAAUUUCACGGCUUCUUUUUCUCCAAGCCUUUGAAAAAUCUCGAACCGGAAAAUCUUCCAAUUUAUUAUAUCCGACAACGGCAAAAUCUCACUUCCGAGGAAAAGUAAAAAAUUCUCACUCCUCUAAACCAAGUUCCUGUUUUUUAUGCUCCGAAAGUCAUUACAUUUGCAAUUGUCCGCAAUAUACUGCGAAAUCGGUACAGCAACGAAUUGUUCUUAUUAAACAAAAACAACUGUUACAAUUGUCUCGGUCAACACAGAGUAUCAGCUUGUCGGGUCACCAAACGCUGUACUAAAUGCGGACAAAAACAUCAUACUACUACUCACCAAAACAAGAUUUCUAAAACUACACCGUCAGCUUCUGCAACAUCUGCUACGAAAACGAAUUCAAAAGAAAAUCACGUGCUUCAUUCCGCAAGAGAACAUCAAUCAUUUAACGAAACCGUAUUGUUAGCGACCGCUCAAGUAUCAAUUACCAAGGAAAAUGGAGAAACCAUCCAAACUCGAGCAUUGAUUGAUCCAGGUUCUGAAAUCUCACUCAUACCAGAGCGUCUAGUACAAAUUCUUCACCUUUCAAGAAAGCAUUCCUCGAUUUUUUAAUCGGAGUUGGUAGUGCUAAGUCUUGCCACACUAAAGGUUCAAUUAAAUUCACAGUAAGGGCUCAUUAUGAUCAUCAUUCUGAAGUUUCUGUCUCAGCUCACAUCCUUCCAAAAUUAACUACAUCUCUGCCAUCUGUUCAAGUUCAUCAGCAUAACUAGCCACAUUUACAAGGACUUUAACUGAUAAUACUUAUACUACUCCUGGACCUAUUGAUAUCAUCUUAGGAGCCGCUGUUCACGCUCGCAUACUUGAGAACGGCAUCGCUCGAGGCGACGAAAAUUCACCUAUCGCCCAACGCACCAAACUUGGAUGGAUUGUCUCCGGCCCUACUGGUCCUUACGCAGAAAGAAAAGCCGUUCACAAAUAUCAUAUUGCAGUUGAUAAUGAACUUCAUAAUCUUCUUAAUCUAUCUCUUUUGGAGACUCGAAGAGAUAUCACCACUGACUUCUUCAUCCUUAUCCAUCAGUGUACAAGUCUGUGAACAACAUUACAAAAGGACACACUCACGUGAUUCGCAAGGAAGGUACAUCGUUAGACUUCCGUUCAAACGAUCGCCAACUGAAUUAGGAAAUUCAAGGACUCGAGCGCUUAAGAUCCUUACUCACCUUAUUAAAAAAUUGUCUAAUGAUCCCACUCUCUCUCAAAGGCUUACUCUGAGUUUCUAUCAGAAUACGAAAAGCUGGAUCACAUGAGAUUGGUUCCUGCUUCUCAACCAGUUCCUAACCUGGUUUAUUAUCUUCCUCAUCACGGAGUCAUUAAAGAGAGUAGUAUAACCACUAAACUAAGAAUUGUUUUUAACGGUUCCAGUCGCACUUCUACUGACAUUUCUCUUAAUGACCUUUUGUAUUAUACACUGGAGCGAAACUACAAACAGACGUAUUCGAUGUCCUGUUCUACUUCCGACAAUCCCGGUACAGUUUCUUUUGUGACAUUGAGAAAAUGUAUCGGCAAAUUCGAGUGCACCAAGACGACUGGACCUUUCAACGCAUUCUAGGACGCACUCUGGAUGAAUCAAAAUUAGGAUAUUAUCGAUUACCAAUUAACAACUGUAACUUAUGGACUCGGCUGCGCUCCCUUUUUAGCGUUACGCACUUUUGCCCAACUUAUAGAAGACAAAGGCGCAAAAUUCCCGCUAGCCAUUCCUCCUUUAACUCACGGACGAUAUGUAGAUGACAUAUUUGGCGGCGCUGAUUCAAUAGCUCAAAUCCAAGAAGUUGUUAAACAGGUAGACUCUUUAUGCAAGGCUGGCGGCUUUCCACUGCAAAAAUGGAUUAGUAAUCACACAGAAAUUCUCCAAUCGAUUCCCCCUGAGAGACACGCUAAUUCUAUGCUCGUACAAUUUGAUAAUUCUCCUGUGAUUCAUGUCUUAGAACUGAACUUGAAUCCUUCUAUAGAUACUUUCCAUUUUUCCGUUACUGCCUCAAUGCCAACAGUCUUAACCAAACGGAAUAUUUUAUCAACCAUUGCCCGAAUAUUCGAUCCACUUGGAUUACUUUCUCCUGUUAUCAUUACAGCCAAAAUCUUUAUUUAGGAACUCUCGUCCUUCAAGCUUGGCUGGGACGAUCCUUUGCCUUCAUCUAUUGUAACGAAAUGGACUAAAUUCGUCGAACUUCUUCAGGACAUACCAAAGUUAAAAUUCGCACGGUGGAUUUAUUUCAAUUCUGAGCAUCCUCUUGAGAUUUACGGAUUCUGUGACGUUUCCGAAAAGGCUAUGUGCGCGGCCAUCUAUCUCCGGUCCGUUAAUCAACAUAGAGAGGUUACUACUCAAUUAAUCUGUUCCAAAACAAAGGUUGCGCCUCUAAAAAGGAUAACUAUCCCACGUCUGGAACUCGCUGAAGCAGUGCUUUUAACCAAAUUCACCUCUAGUGUUUUACAAAUUUUGAAGCUUAAGGAAAACUCUAUUUUUCUUUGGACCGAUUCCGCUAUUACCUAUACGUGGAUUAAUAAUCUAGAUGGAGAGAUUUCGUACACAAUCGAGUUUGCUAUAUUCACAAGACCUUACCUCAGGCAACGUGGAAAUUUGUCUCCGGAGUGGACAACCCAGCCGAUUUUGCUACAAGAGGCUUUUCACCUAGUGAAUUGAUUAAACACACGAGUUGGUGGUCCGGACCAACUUGGCUUACUCAAGAUUCUGCCACAUAGCCCCAAGCACCGCUAAUUGUACCUCAAAGGGAAAAUUUUGAAGAACGUCCAAAUCUAGUUUACAUUUCAAAGGUCAGCCAUCCCGAACAGUAGGAUCUCAUAUCUAAAUACUCCAGCCUUACUCUUUUACUGCGCAUUACAAUUUUAUGCCUCAGAGUUAUCUCUCACUUCCGAAAGGCCCCAAUAGCAGCCUCAAACACACCUCUCACUAAUCAAAAAUUAGAAAAGGCACGAACUUAUUGGAUCAAAACUCAACAAUCAUGGUUCCAUCAAGAACAUAAAAUACUAUUUCUCGGUCACGCUUUUCCUCGUUCUAAUUAUCUUAUCCGUCUCACUCCUUUUUUAGACUCAGAUGGCCUUCUCCGAGUAGGAGGUCGUCUUCAAUCUCGUCUUCUCUCCUAUCUAAAAGCAAACAUCCGAUAAUUCUACCUCGACACUCUCCCUUAACUUCCUUAAUAAUUGCGGAUGCUCAUUAACGCACUAUGCAUGGAGGCAUCCAAAGUACUUUCUCAUUCAUACGAGAUACCUAUUGGAUAAUUGGAGGACGAGCACCAGUCCGAUCCUUUAUUUUAAAAUGUAUUCGUUGUGCCCGAUAUAGGCAAAACCGAGCUAAGCAAAUUAUGGGACAACUCCUUCGUGAGUCCGUCUUGCCCAUUUUUAAAUUCAGGCGUCGAUUAUGCUGGCCCACUAUACAUCAAGAAUUGGAAAGGAAAAAACUCAAGAACAUACAAGACUUGGAUUUCCCUGUUUGUAUGCCUGUCAACAUCCGCAGUUCAUCUUGAGCUUGUCACGGACUGUACUUCCGAAGCCUUCCUCGCUGUGUUUAAGCGCUUCACUUCCAGAUGAGGAAUUUGUGCAACUCUUACCAGUGAUUGCAGAACAAAUUUAAAGGGGGCUGAUGUCGAGCUCAAAAAUCUUUUUAACGCUGCCUUUAAGGAAGCCGGUAAAUUCGCUUCAUUACUCGCUAAUAACGGUACUCAAUGGAAGUUCAACCCUCCCUCCGCUCCAUAUUUCGGUGGAAAAUAGGAAGCGGGAGUGAAGUCAGUAAAACACCAUAUCAGAAGAGUCAUUGGAACGCACCUACUAACCUAUGAAGAGAUGUCAACUUUUCUGACACAGGUAGAAGCUGUUUUGAAUUCUCGUCCUCUCUGUCCUAUGACGGAUGACCCGGACGAUUUACACGUCCUAACACCUGCACACUUUCUAGUUGGACAUUCAUUGUCCACUAUUCCUGAGCCUUUGCUUGAAACCAUCAAAGUUUCACAUCUUUCUCGCUGGCAAUUGACUCGACAAAUGCUCGAAAGCUUCUGGCGUUAUUGGUCUAAAGAGUGUCUACAACGUUAUCUAGCAAUGUACAAAUGGAAUAAAGAAAAUCCUCUACUUCCUGAAGGCGCUCUUGUUCUCGUGGUAGAUGAGCGAUAUCCUCCGUCUAAGUGGCCUUUAGGUCGAGUUCUCACUUGUCAUCCAGGCAAGGAUGGAAAAGUUCGCGCAGUCACAGUCCGCACUCAAACCUGGACUUUUACUUGACCUCUUGUGAAGUUCUGCCCACUUCCAAUUUCCACCUCCUCUCUGUAAUUCAUUCUUUAAUCAAUUUUUAAUGAAGGCUGGCGGAAAUGUUUAAAAAAGAAGCGUUUCGAUGCUGCGUCGGGAAAAAGCAUGCUCAGCAAUCUGUUAACGCCUAAAGAGGCGCUUCGGUUGCCUCAACGAGGGUGGUGCUAAUUCUCGGUUAGCGACUCAUGCCGUCACAAAAAUCUCUCUCUCUCUCUCUUUCUCUCUCUCUCUCGAUGACUUUCAUGGCUGGCGGAUCGCAUCCAAACUUCUCUCUACUGUGAAAUUCUUGAUUGUGCAUGCAAGUUUCAUUCAAAAGGAAUUAGAGAUCCUUACAUGACUCUAUAGAAGGUGGCAAAUUUCAACUAUAUACGAAAAUCUCCCGCAGUAAAAUAAAGAAAGAAUUGUUCCAAUUCUUUCACCAGGUCAGUAGUUCGUUUGCGAAACACGAGGGUCUGACAAACACCUGUCGCCAUCUUUCUCAUUCGUCUGAAGAACUAUACGGUCUUACAAACAAAUUACUGCAAACGUUCGUUAGAAGAUCUUACGGUUUUACUAAUAUUCACUUUUUGAAGAGUUUGUCUGAGGAUCUGCAAGAUCCGUCAGACAUAACUAUCAAUCUCUCAAAGUGUUCUAGUCGUUUAGAUAAUUUCUUGCCACGUGUUUAAUCUUGAGAUAGAAGUGACGAUAUCUUGAAUCGUUCAAGCGGUCAUGUGACUCAAGUAGCAAAGUCUCUAUCUCUUUCUGUCUCACUCUCCUUCACUCACUAGCUUUCGCUCUGCGUGGUUUUACUCUUUCACUUUGCUCUCCCUCUUUCUCUCUCUCUCUCUCUCUCUCUUUCUCUCUUUUAAUUGCAUUUUGAACGAUUCUCGAAUCGAAAUAAUUCUUGAAACUAUUAUCCUUUCUCUCGUUCUCGUUAUUGUUCUCUCUAUUCGGGGAAUACUUCUAAUCUUCAUUCUCAUUCUUCUUAUAAAAGACUUCGUAAAUUUUUCUUUUUGAGCAAUUAUUAUUUUUAUUUUUGUUUUGUUUAUUACAAACUUAUCUAGAUCAAAAUAGUUACUUUAUAUUUAGAAUUAAUAUUUAAUAUUUAAAUAAAUUUUUAUAAAGUUUUACUCUGUCUCAUUUUUUCUCCUACGCGGCCUUUCCGCUUUAUAGUUGUCUCAUCUCAUUCUGCUUAUCUCUAACAAGUACAAAAAACAUUUUAAAAAAUCUGUGAUAAUCGUAUUUAAUGUAUUGUAUAAUUUUUUCUGUAAAAAAAAAACGUACAAUCAUCUCGGAUUAAAGUCGUAUUGUAUCUAAACUUGCGUAGUUAAUUACUGGUAACAAAAAAAGAUUAAAAGGCGCGAUACUGAAUAAGUAACACCGGUAAUACCAAAAAAUACGUAUUCCACUAUUUUAAUCAUUAAAAGUUAAUAAAAGAAUAAUCUCACUUGUGUUACAUGAUGUGUUACAUUAAAGAUUAACUCUUAAAUUUAGCACUGUUGACUCCAUUAUUUACCGAGCCUAAAAGAUGGCAACAAAAUCUAUGUAUUACAUAGCCUGACGUAAGCGGUAAAAAACAAAAUAAAAAUAUUUGUGUGUGUGUGUAUAUGUGUGUGUAUUUCUGUUUUGUUUUUCUAAUAAUUAUAAAUUCUUUAUGUCAAUCAUAUGGAUGGAUAUUUUAUAUGCAUGCAUACCGCAUGCUUCGUACGCAUGCGCCAUGAGUUUUAUACAUUUUGUGGCCAUGUAUUUCAGGCAAGUCAACAAUCUAGUAAAUAUAUAAAUGUCUAUGCUUAUUCCGCAUUCAAUUUCAUCAAACUAGAACCAAGGUAUUUCCACAAACUGUCUAUUGUUCUGACGUCAUUAAAGUCUUCAUUUAAAUUCAGCAAAUUGCCAGCAAAUUGUUAUCAUGAGUGCACUACAUUCAACUGAUGUGUUUGAUAUCAAAAUGUCAGCAAGUCAUCAUCAUAAAUGAUAUCUACACGUGAAGCCUUGUUGUCGGCUUUGAUUACCUUAGUAGUAAUUUUCUGCAAGACUGCAGUAAAUUUUGCAGCAAAUUCUUGAAAGAUUCUACCAACAGGACGUUAUGAUCUGCUU